UGCUAGUGCUGCAGUUGCACUGUUGUAUUUGAUUCCCUCCCAAGUAAAAUCCAAGUUUUGUAAAAGUUAGAAAACAAUGUAGCGUCAGGCUGGGUAACCGACAUAUUAUCGACUUAAUGCUCAUGUGUUUUUCAAAGGGACCCAUGUUUUUAAUUAUUGUGAAAAAGUAAAGAAAAGAAGAGAGGACAAGUCCCCAUUGUUCGAACUGGAUCGUUUAACGCUUCCCAGAUUUCCUGUUCCUGUGUGGAAGAAUUUUCGAAGGCCGCUGAGGAGAGAUUGAGGGACAGUGACGCUGUAUACGAAAGCGGCAGUGUGUGGACUGACACUCAGGACUCUGCAGCUUUUAUGUGGUCACUGUUCCUUGUCAACAUUCAGCAGAGAGACAGUCGCAUAUUUCACCACAUUGGUUGAUGUUUUUGUUAGGAUCGAUCGCCUCCUCCUUCUCAACUCCUUUUGACGAAAGAAUCGUAUUUCUUUCUCGCUGGCGCUUCUUUUGAACACGGCUCAUUCUUUUGAGGACGAAACUGGGAUUUUCCCUCAUAUUAUGCACUUCAAUGGAUACCAGUGCCUCAGUGGUUAGUACGCGAGUUGAGGAACAGUCUCUUCAUGUCCGUUACAGAAUGGAGGUGUCCUGCCUGGAGCUGGCGUUGGAGGGCGAGCGGCUCUGUAAGGUUGGAGACUACAGAGCGGGUGUCUCCUUCUUUGAAGCUGCCAUUCAGGUGGGCACAGAAGACCUGCAGGUGCUCAGUGCCAUCUACAGCCAGCUGGGCAAUGCUUACUUCCACCUGCAUGACUACACCAAGGCCCUGGAGUUUCACCGGCAUGACCUCACGUUGACCAGAACAAUUGGUGACCUGCUCGGUGAAGCCAAAGCCAGUGGAAACCUUGGCAACACGUUAAAGGUGUUGGGGCGGUUUGAUGAGGCUGUGGUUUGCUGUCAGAGGCACUUGGACAUAGCGAGGGACAUGAACGACAAGGUGGGUCAAGCGCGAGCGUUGUAUAACUUUGGGAACGUGUAUCAUGCCGAGGGCAAAAGUAUAUGCUGGAGUGGAGCAGAGCCGGGGGAUUUCCCAGAGGAAGUCAUGGUGGCACUGAGGAAGGCAGCUGAGUAUUACGAGGCGAACUUGGCCAUAGUGAAAGAUCUUGGAGACCGAGCCGCACAGGGUCGAACUUACGGGAACCUCGGCAAUACACACUAUCUGCUGGGAAACUUUCGCCAAGCGGUGGCUUCUCACGAGCAGCGCUUGCUCAUAGCCAAAGAGUUUGGUGACCGCUCGGCGGAGAGGCGGGCCUACUGCAACCUGGGGAAUGCCUGUAUAUUUUUAAGUGAAUUUGACGUGGCGGCCGAGAAUUACAAGAGGACGCUGCAGCUGGCGAGGCAGCUGAAAGACCGAGCUGUGGAGGCUCAGGCCUGUUACAGUCUCGGCAACACCUACACACUUCUCCAGGACUAUGAGAGAGCCAUAGACUACCACCUCAAGCACCUCAUCAUAGCCCAGGACCUUAAUGACAGGAUUGGGGAAGGGCGUGCAUGCUGGAGUCUGGGAAAUGCUUACACUGCACUGGGGAACCACGACCAGGCCAUGCACUUUGCUGAGAAACACCUGGAGAUUUGCAAAGAGACUGGAGACAGGAGCGGGGAGCUGACGGCUCGUAUGAAUGUGUCAGAUCUUCAGAUGGUUCUGGGUCUGAGCUACAGUACAAAUAACUCCACCCUCUCUGAGAAUAAGGAUACAGACUACAACCAGCAUGGAGCGAGGCCGAGGAUGAGCAGGAGACGCAGCAUGGAGAACCUGGAGCUGAUGAAACUCACUCCAGACAAGAUGAAUGGUCCGAAGUCCAACAGUGACAUCCUGACCAAACAGUCCAAACCCUCACUGGCUAAGAGCACCUCCAAACUGCUGUUUGUCAGUCGUCUGCGCGGGAAGAAGUACAAGUCUGGUGGCUCCAGUAAGGUCCUCCAGGACACCAGCAACACCCUGGACACCAGUCAGACGUCGACACAGGGACCACAGAAGCGACUCAGUCCUGACAUGCUCGGAGACGAAGGCUUCUUUGACCUGCUGAGCCGUUUCCAGAGCAACCGUAUGGAUGACCAGCGCUGUUCUAUACAGGAUAAGGGCAGCAGGUUAUCAUUGAAUGGGGGCCCAGAGGCUCCUCCUAGAGUCAUCAGGAAAUCUGUGUCAGAGACUGCUGACAUCUCGGGCGCCCAAGGCCGGCGGUUAAAGGAGUCAUCGGCAGCCGGUGGAAGCCUUCCGGGACUCAGGCUCCAUCAAAACAGCAACCAGGCUGUGCUCAACCAUCUGAUGGCCAACGCUGACAACGCUGAGCCUGACGACAACUUCUUCGAUAUGCUUGUGAAGUGCCAGGGCUCCCGUUUGGACGACCAGCGUUGUGCCCCUCCCCCUCCUUCAGUCCGAGGGCCCACUGUACCAGACGAGGACUUCUUCAGCCUCAUCAUGCGCUCUCAGGCCAAACGGAUGGACGAGCAGCGCGUCACCCUGCCCUCCGCAAUGAACGCAGUAGGCAGGCCCACCUCUAAAUCCAACUGAAGUAACUCACUAAAGGGACAGACAGGUGGUGUUGUUGUUUUUUUGUCUUCUAUAGCUCAUGAAGUGGACUAUGGGGUGGUCACUCAAAAAAACAACAACAACUUGUCUAUCGUUAUAUUCCUCCUUUUGGACAUAAAGCACUGUGUACUGUGUGUGUAUAGAAUGGAACACUAAAAACCUACAAGGACUUGUUUCGCACAACUUGCACAACACCAACAAACUUCAGGUAGCUUCAGGGACAAAUGUUUUUCCUCUUCUUUUUAUUCCUUCAUUAUCUGGUGCUCCGGCACAUUUCAUAUCAUGUGUGUAUUUGUCAAUACACCACCACAGUUUGUUUGUAUUUAUUGUGUUUUUUUUUAAUGAUUGUUAUAACGCUAACGGCCGUCCCACCACUAUUAAUUCAUGUGGUUCUACAUAACAGAGGUACAGCACUUGACUUUUUCCAUGUGUUUUGUUUAUAUGUGAGUUUUUUUGAUUGGUGUAAGAGGUCAGACAGGAAAUGAACAAAAAGUAUUUUAAGCAAAAGUGUUUGAUAAAUCAAUGAAUUUAACCCGUGUACAACCCUAACAGUCUUUUGUACUAAGUGUUCAGGGAGAUUAGAUGAAUAAAUCUUCCUGUAGGCA